AUGGCUCGUCACAAGAAGCAGAAAAAGCAGCGAACGUCGUCGCGACGGGACGAAGAAACCGCUCGUCGGACGUUCCUCGACGCGCUGGAAGCGCAACGGGCAAACGCCCGCAGCAAAGCGCCCGCAACGUGCGCCGAAAUCGGCCACACGGCGGCUCGAGGGGCCCCACUUGCAGGUUUUUCCUAUGACGAGCACAGAGACCGCUACUUUCGGACUUGUGCCGACUCGGAGCGACGCCAUUGGGAUACGCAACUCGAGGCACAAGAGCAGGAACGACCACAGAUUGUCGAACGGCGGCGGCACUUUCGUUGUCCAACUCGACGUCGCUGUCGGUAUGGGGUCGUCGAUAACUGUCCCAAGAAUUGGGUAGCAGCUCUCUCGCACCGACAGAAGGACUGGACGUGGAGUGCAUUCGGUCGAGAUCGAAGCGCGUUCCUGCCUCAAGUAGUGUCCAAGCUCCUGACUUCACAGGUGGUUGACUCCCACGAGGUAGAAACGAGUGGUCGACUGACAGCACUGGCGCUGCAUUCUCGUGACAGCAAACUCGGAGCUGUGGGUGCUAGUAGUGGAAGGGUGAAGAUACUUGGGAUGCAGACACUGUCAUCAGAAGCUGGACUAGCCACACGGUCGCAACUGGCCUAUCCAAUAUGUGAUUUCACUCUGCACGGGGUCAUCACGUCUUUGCAGUGGCGCCCAGUGCGGGAGCUCGAGUUGCUCGUGUGUCAUCUCGGAUCUGGCCAACGAAGCGGCUCGCAGGUGCCGUCAGGAAACGUGUGUUUUCUACGAGUACAUGAUCGAGAUCGCAGUGACGCUGCACUCUCGUCAAUGGCUUGCAUGAAGCGCAUGAAGUUUGUCGAUCCAUGGACAGCCAAAUGGAAUCCGACGGACACCAACAAGUUUAGUGUCGGAUGUGGCGGGUCGUCAAGCGCUGCGUACGUGGAUGCUUUUGCAAACACCGAUAAUUUCCAGCGCGCCCCAACUGGAGUCCUUACGAGUGACGUACAUGCUCAAAGCUUCUUCAACACGGGCCACGUCGUGCUGAAUGGGACGAAACGCGGAGGUUUAUGGGGUUGGGACAUUCGAGCUCCGCGUCGAGGUUUCGAGUGGGAAGCAGAGACGUGUACAGUUCAACCUGCAGGCUCCAUUCUUGACAUCCACGUGCUGAACGAUUGUCGAAGAGCUGUGGUGCAGCGAUCGAAUGGGGAGUUACGAGUCGUGGAUCUGCGGACAUUUCGGCCGGUGGUGGAGUUCAUGCAAGGCGCAACAAAACGCUAUUUGCCAAGUUUACGCUGUGCAAUCGACAGCGACGAGUCUAUUGUUGUCUCGGCUGGCGAUGCCAAGUAUCCGCAGGCAGUGAACAGCUUCGACCUACAAAGCGGACGCCGUGUUGGAUCAUUUGAGGUCCAACGUGCUCAAAGCGAAGAGCAGUGCUCGCCACUUGUGCAACAAGUGCAAUUGCAAUCGCAUCGACACGGAAAUUGUCACGAAGACACGCCUCACCUUUGGGCCAUAUCUCGCGACGCGCUUUACGUCUCCAGCGGGCGGACUAAUGAUCCGACAAUGUGA